AUGCUUCUCUACACCCGCCUUGCGCCCCCAAAGAUCCCGAAGAAGCGCUCACGAGCAGACAACCCCAAUGUGCUGACCGUGGCUUCGUCUGAAAACUGCAGGAUGCAACUAUUGAAAUGUGACGAGGCGCGGCCCCGAUGCUCUCGGUGCGAGGAGCAAGACCAACCAUGCGUCUACGAGGCCAUAAAGUCUCGUCAGCGUCGACGGAGGGAGAGUCUGUCCGCCAACACCGCAUACUCCACCACCCAGGCGGACGUAUCUGCCAACCAGUGGCAGCAGCAGCAGCAGCAGCAGCUACAGCAGCAACUCCCCCGACAUGGGCACCGGAGUCAAUGCCGGGAACAGAAAAGCCCGGAGCUCUGGGAGAUGCAUACUCCCACGGUCAAUGGCACUGACUGUAUGCCCUUUCGGGCUCCGACGCCGACGAGGAAUGUCCUCGAGGAAAUGGAGAGCCUGCUGCCCUGGGCUGUCUACGAUACGGCCGCUCUAGGUGCCCUCACACCCUUGACCCCGGCAAGCUUUGACAUGCACAGCGUAGACGGGCAAUCGGCCAUGGACGGCAAUGAGAUGAACAGUGACGACGUGGAGGAGAUUAUACGCCGCGGCUCCACUGCCGGGUCGACGAUGGCACCCUUCGAACACGCCCAGCUCCGGUGCGAGCAACAAGACCAGUUUCUGCCACCGCUGCCCACUCUCGAAUUCUGCGCCCCUGCGUUUGCUGAGUUCUCGGAGCGGAAAAACCGCCGCCAUCUUGUCGGGCAUUUCUGCAACGUCCUUACCCACCUCAUCGUAUUUCGCGAAGAGUACGGCAACCCGUUCCAGCAGCUCGUCUUACCUCUAUCGGAAACUAGCCCGGUCGUCAUGGACACGAUAUACGCACUCUCUAGUGCCCACCUCGAGUUUCGCGGGGUUCAGAAUAUCGAAAAGAGCGAACACUUCCACGGCAAGGCAAUACAGGGGCUGGCACGUCUCAUCGAGAAGGGAAAGAGUGCCAACCGCAACGAGUUGCUUGCGGCCAUCAUACUGCUCGUGUACUAUGAAGUGGUGAGCGAAACAAACCUUGGCCGUCUGGUGCAGAAGGGUCGGUCCAACAUUGUGGAUGAGCAUCUCAAGGGUGCUAUAAGCAUCAUGAACAACUUCGAGGCCAGCACAGAUCCAACAAGCGUCUUCCUGGAAAGGCAUGACCAUGAAGCUGACCUCUCCUCGUUCCUCCUGCCCCAGGCCUUUAGAUUCUACGACGUCAUCGCGGCCCUGUCCUUUGGGACGGCACCGCUGUCAUCAGACUCUGGAAGCGGCUCCCGUAUCCCACUGCCGCCGCUCGAUUCCCGCGGGGCUACUUCGCCCGUUGGCAGCGUAGACACCCUCUUGGGCAUGGCAACUGCACUAUGGCCCGUCAUUCACCGCCUGUCCGGUCUUGUGUGCAUCAGAGAUAAGCUCGAGGCAGCCGUGGUACGAGGGAUGACGUCGGAAGCCACGGUACUGCGCACCGAGCUCGAAACUGCAGCUUCGGCCAUACAGGUGGCACUCAACCGGUGGCAGCCCAUCCUGCCACCGGACGAUUCGAGGACGCCGACCGAUAAGGCCCGGCUGCAGGGCAUCCUCAACAAUGCGCUAGCCUACCGUCACUCAGCCCUCGUAUACCUGUUCCGGACCAUCUACGGGUAUGAGCAGUCGCACGCGCUGGUCCAGCAGAAUGCGCACCUGAGCCUGGUGUACUGCAUGGGCACGGCGGCAGGCGAGGGCCCCAAGAGCGCGUUGCUGUGGCCUCUGUUCGUGGCAGCGUGUGAGGCGACGAGCACGGUUGACAGAGAUCUCGCGCGGCAGGCCUUUCAGUCGAUCGACAGGGUGCAAGGCAUGAUGAACAUCGAGAGAGCAUGGGGCAUCGUCCGAGAGGUAUGGCGAAGGGCGGAUGCCGACGAGGCACUCGGGGCCUCGCAGCAGAGCCACAUGGCGCCUGGGGAGGUUCGGCGGCGCACGGACGGGGAGAUGAGCCGAAAUAUCACCUCGGGCUGCGGCACCAAGCGGGGAGGGGAUCUCUGGAGGCGGGUGAGCAAGGACAUGGGCGUGACGAUUGUCCUGGGGUGA